GCACAUGGCGGAGCCGCCCGGCCUGGGGCUGUGCGAUGUGCGGGAGGCGGAGCGGAGGCUGCGGGAGCGGGUGCACCGCACACCGCUGCUCACCUGCGCGGCCCUGGCCCGCCUGGCCCGCCGGAGGCUGCUCUUCAAGUGCGAGCUCUUCCAGAAGACCGGCUCCUUCAAGAUCCGCGGGGCCCUGAACGCAGUCAGGAGCCUGGUGGAGGGUAGCGAGCGCGCUGGAGGGGAGCUGCCCCGCGCCGUUGUCACACACAGCAGUGGGAAUCACGGGCAGGCCCUCGCCUGCGCUGCCCAGGCAGAAGGUAAUGUGGGUCCUGACCUUCAGCCCCAGCUCAGAGAGCGGACGGGCAGCGGGCAUGGGGCCAGGGUAAAGGCAGAGGUGGAUGCUGGGCAGAGGGAGCUCCAGGCACCCAGCUCUGCCACGGCUGGAGGGAUUCCUGCGUACAUCGUGGUGCCCCGCACAGCACCACAGUGUAAGCAAGAUGCCAUCCGCAGCUACGGUGCCACGCUGGUGCCAUGCGAGCCCAGUGACGAGUCCAGAGCUGAGACAGCAGCUCGGGUGGUGCGGGAGACAGGAGGAGUCAUGGUGCAUCCCAACCAGGAGGCAGCAGUGAUCACCGGGCAAGGCACAAUCGCACUGGAGGUGCUGGAGCAGGCACCCGAGGUAAAUGCAGUGGUGGCUCCGGUUGGAGGUGGAGGAAUGAUUGCAGGAAUAGCAAUUGCCAUCAAGGCUCUGAGACCAGAUGUGAAGGUGUUUGCUGCUGAGCCAUGCAACGCAGACGACUGUUACCAGUCCAAGCUGAGAGGGGAGCUGACCCCCAGUCCUCACCCAGGAGAAACCAUCGCAGAUGCAGUGAGAACCAACAUCGGCCCCAACACGUGGCCCAUCAUCAGGGACUUGGUUGAUGAUGUCCUGACAGUCUCAGAGGAAGAAAUCAAGCGAGCCACACGGCUGGUGUGGGAAAGGAUGAAGCUGCUGAUUGAGCCAACAGCAGGCGUAGGAGUGGCGGCCGUGCUCUCGGAGCGGUUCCAGGCGUUCCCUCGGGAUCUGGAGCACGUUUGCAUCGUGCUGUGCGGGGGAAACGUGGACCUGAGCUCCCUGACCUGGCUCACAGAGCGCCCUGGGACAGCGGAAUGAGAACGGAGCGGUGCCUCCAGCGAUGGGAACCUCGCUCUGGGCUUGUAGAGUCUGGUUUGUGUGCUACUAAAAACAGACAGAACAGC